AUGACUGAAGAAAAUCAACGUUAUAGCGGGUUCCAACAGAUUCCAGGUAAUCAGGAGCUACCAGAAGGAGCGGGCAGUACCUCAUCGUCAAACACAUCUGAAGAUAGUGGGUUUGUGAUUGUAAAUCCACCUGGGUCACCCCCUCGUAACGAACACAGCACAGUGGAAAAUACGUCGCUUGAUUCAUCAACUGUUAGGCAGGUUGGCGUUUUUAUCCUUUUCAUUGUUUAUUUUUACAUUGUCUCCGUUAUUUUCGUUGAAAUCAUUGCGGAGGGUUAA